AUGAAAAGGUCAGUUCGUCCCGUCUUUAGCAUUCUCAUAUUCGUUCUCUUCGCCGUCACUCUCAGCUUCCGGAUCCUGCUCCGCCGGACCUUGUUCGCCUCGAUUGAGCUUCCGCACAAUGUAAUCAUGCCCCACCCUGAAAUCGCCCCUGUCUUCAAUUCCACUCUGUUGAAAUACGCCGCCAUAGACAUAGGCGAGGCCAAGGCCAAGCAGGAGAUCGAGCAGUUGCUGGAGGGGAAUUUCGCCAGCAGGGGAAGGUACAGGACUUUCGCUACUUGGAGAAGGUUCAACAACCAUGACCCUAAAGCGACUUCUUCUCGAGGGAUCCCGGUGAUGCUCAGAUCCCCUGAAUUCUACCGCUACUGGCUCGACUUCCGGCGGCUUCUCCAUCUCUGGGCGAGGAACAGAAGGUAUUAUCCUGAUAUAAUGAACGAGCUCGUCGAGCUCGUGAAGAAGCCAAUCGAGAAGCAGAAAGGGACGAGCUCGAAUUCGAAUUCGCGACGUUAUGCUUCUUGUGCCGUGGUGGGCAACAGUGGGAUCUUGCUGCAGAAGGAGUACGGGAAGUUGAUCGAUAGCAAUGAGAUAGUGAUUCGAUUGAACAACGCCAGGACGGCCAAGUUCGAGAAGAAUGUAGGGGCGAAAACCGAUCUGUCUUUUGUAAAUAGCAACAUUGUGCAUCUAUGUGCUAGGAGGCAGGGUUGCUUCUGCCAUCCAUAUGGCCCUGAGGUGCCCAUUGCUAUGUACAUUUGCCAGCCAGCUCAUUUCCUGGACUACACGCUGUGCAAUUCUUCACAUAAGUCGCCGUUGAUCGUCACUGAUCCGAGAUUCGACCUGUUGUGUACGAGGAUCGUGAAGUAUUACUCGUUGAGGAGGUUCGCUGCGGAGACUGGGAAGUCGUUGGAUGAAUGGGGAUCUGCUCAUGAUGGGUCUAUGUUCCAUUACUCUUCUGGAUUGCAGGCUGUAAUGUUGGCUGCAGGGAUCUGCGACAGAGUUCAUGUGUUCGGGUUUGGGAAGUCGAGCUCUGCGAAGCAUCAUUACCAUACGAACCAGAAGGCUGAGCUUAAGUUACAUGAUUAUGGAGCGGAGUAUGAUCUGUAUCAUGAUUUGGUGCACAAUCCAAAGGCGAUACCUUUCAUUUCCGACAAGUUCAAGUUUCCUCCUGUAACGAUUCAUUAUUAG